GCAACCGUAGGUGCAACAAUACGUUUCGUACAAAGUUACAUAAUAGCCCAACGUUACUGGAUAGUCUAUCUUUUUGCUGCAGUAUAUAGAUUACAUAAAAUAAUGUACUUUAAAUUAGCUAGUAAACUCUUAUUAGGAAACUUUUUAACGUUCACAGCAAGUAGUUAACAGUAGUCUCUAUGGAAACCAAUAGCCAUUUGUAGCUAGCCAGCACGCGAAUCGCUUGAUAGUUACAGGAAAAGGAAGUAGAAGUUCGCUUCAUAACACAUAGCUAGUUGGCUAACUAUCUAAGGGGAUAAAGUACUAUACAAAGCGGUACAAACUUUUUAUUACACUUUUCACUUACAUAGCCACUUGACCUGAUUAGUUAAUAGUUGACGUUAGUCUGUCGUUAAUAAUGGGAACAACAGCCAGUCAGUUACCAAAGGAAUUGCUUUCCGAGUAUCAGGAGCUGACAUUUUUAACAAAGCAGGAAAUCUUGCUAGCUCACAAUAGAUUCAGUGAGCUGACGAAGGAUGAGACGAGUAGUCCUAACCGCCGAGUUCCUAUGGAAAAAAUCCUGACAAUGCCAGAGCUCAAGUCCAACCCUUUCCGCGAAAGGAUCUGCUAUGUGUUCUCUACCUCUGAAAAUAAAGAUGGAAGUUUGACCUUUGAGGAUUUCUUGGACCUUUUGAGUGCCUUUAGUGACUCUGCUACUCUGGAGAUUAAAUCACACUAUGCCUUCCGCAUCUUUGACUUUGACGACGAUGGCACACUCGACACACGGGACCUGGAGAGGCUGGUGAACUGUCUGACGGGAGAGACUGAGGACACCAGACUAACCUCCGAUGAAAUGAGACAGCUCAUCGGCAAUAUCUUGGAGGAGUCCGACAUUGACAAAGACGGAACCGUGAACCUCUCGGAGUUCCAGCAUGUAAUUUCCAGAUCGCCAGAUUUUGUCAGUUCUUUUAAGAUUGUGCUGUGAGAUCCCGGUCAUGUGACUGGCUGACGAACAUGACCAAUGAAAUUGCUUGAUUACUUGACCCCUUGAAAUGACUUUUUAUUAUAAAACUGUCUAUUAUAACAUCUAUCAACAAAAAUGUAAUUCAUAAGAACCACAUCAAGUCAGCCCAAGUGAGACCGCUAAACAAUAUACACAACCACCUUUCAGCUGAUUUGCUGAAAUUGAAAUUCAACUUUCAGUUUGACUCAAAAUUAUUAGGCCCAAACCACACACUGACAAAAGGUUUUCCUGUUAUUCAUUGUGUGUAAAAUGGCUGUGUGCUGAUAAAGGACCUCCUUUUGCUACCAGUAUUUUUUUGUUCAUAAUAAUGAAACUUCUUUACUGUAGUUCUAUUCCUAUAUUUUAUUGAGUGAAAAGUUCUAUUAAUUUCUUUGUAAUAAUUCUUGACUCUCGAAAGCAUUAAAUUCAUUCGGUGGUCUAUGAAAUAAUUUGAUUAAUGCAUCAUCCUUCAAAACACUGAACCAAAGCUCUUUUUUUAAGAUCCAGUAGUUUACCUGUAUUAAACUAGAAAAUAAUGUAUAGAGAUUUCUUUUUACUUUUUUGGUGAAUUUUUAAUAACUGUAGUGUGCCUUUGGACCACUUCUCAUGCUCAGGAUCUGAUGUAUUUGUGUCUAUUUGCUGCAUAAAGCUCUGUAUAAAAUAAAGAAUAUGAAAUAAAA